CAGGUGGCAUUAGUAGUGAUGAGGAGGAGGAGGAAGAAGAGAUGUUAAUCAGUGAAGAGGAAAUACCAUUCAAAGAUGACCCAAGAGAUGAGACCUACAAACCCCAUUUAGAAAGGGAAACCCCAAAGCCACGGAGAAAAUCAGGGAAGGUGAAAGAAGAGAAAGAGAAGAAAGAAAUUAAAGUGGAAGUAGAGGUAGAGGUGAAAGAAGAAGAGAAUGAAAUUAGGGAGGAUGAGGAACCUCCUAGGAAGAGAGGAAGAAGACGAAAAGAUGACAAAAGUCCACGAUUACCCAAAAGAAGAAAAAAACCUCCAAUCCAAUAUGUUCGUUGUGAGAUGGAAGGAUGUGGAACUGUUCUUGCUCACCCUCGUUAUUUGCAGCACCACAUUAAAUAUCAGCAUUUGCUGAAGAAGAAAUAUGUAUGUCCCCAUCCCUCCUGUGGGCGACUCUUCAGGCUCCAGAAGCAACUUCUGCGACACGCCAAACAUCAUACCGAUCAAAGGGAUUAUAUUUGUGAAUACUGCGCUCGGGCCUUCAAGAGUUCUCACAAUCUGGCAGUGCAUCGGAUGAUUCAUACUGGCGAGAAGCCAUUACAAUGCGAGAUCUGUGGAUUCACCUGUCGGCAAAAGGCAUCCCUUAAUUGGCACAUGAAGAAGCAUGACGCAGACUCCUUCUACCAGUUCUCUUGCAAUAUCUGUGGCAAAAAAUUUGAGAAGAAGGACAGUGUAGUGGCUCACAAAGCAAAAAGCCACCCUGAGGUGCUGAUCGCCGAAGCUCUGGCUGCCAAUGCAGGCGCCCUCAUCACCAGCACAGAUAUCUUGGGCACUAACCCAGAGUCCCUGACACAACCUGCAGACGGUCAGGGGCUUCCUCUUCUUCCUGAGCCCUUGGGAAACUCCACCUCUGGAGAGUGCCUCCUGCUAGAGGCAGAAGGCGUGUCAAAGUCGUACUGCAGUGGGACGGAGCGGGUGAGCCUGAUGGCUGAUGGGAAGAUCUUUGUGGCUGGUGGCAGCAGUGGCGGCACUGAAGGGCUGGUCAUGAACUCGGAUAUACUCGGUGCUACCACAGAGGUUCUGAUUGAAGAUUCAGACUCUACUGGACCUUAGUAGCAGGGAAGAUUUGGGGCACUGGGACAGCUCAGACUUUGUACUUAAAAGAUAAAAAGGACAAAAAAAAAUUUUAAGCAUUUAAAAUCUAGUAAAAUAACCGAAGGGCCUGCUCUUUCCAUUGUGGAUCACAGCACACACACAUACACCCACCCCUUCUCCCUCUCUUGUCCCCUUUAUAAAAUCGAUGUUGCCUUUACCAGAAGGCAGACAAAAAAUAAGAAGCUCUUAUUAAAGUGAGGGUCAUCCUCAUGCUCACUUCCAGCCAGGCGGACUUCCUGCUCGUCAGCAGAUCCCCUUCUCCAGCCUGUAACUCUGAUGUGCUCCGGGUCAGCUUUUAACUCUAAUGGUGUGUUACUGUCCUCUGAUCCCGUCCUCCUUUCCUGCUGCCCUGUGGUUCUGGCUUACCCAUUGCAACACUGUCCCCUAACGUAUCCUAUAAUUCUAAUCUCUAGAGGCUGGCAGCUUGACUUGGCACUUUAGGGCCCCUUAGGGUGAGCUGUUAAAACAGCACACAUCUCUCAUCCCUUUUCCUCCAUUCCCCACUGGGUUUCGGAAAGGAAGGAUACCUGGGGACCACUUCCCUCCUCUCUGAUCCCAGCAGCUCAGUCCCCCUCCUAACACGUCCAUAUGGUUCUCAGUGGUGCUCGCUUGCUUUGAAGCAGGCUCCCGAGAGGGAGGGGACUGCCCUCUGCGUGGUCUCUUUGACCAUAGGACAGGGCUGUGUAUCAGUGAGACAGUGAGUAAAGUCCCAGACUAAUGGCAGAAAUUUGCACUUUGAACAUGUGUGUUUUUGUGUUGUGGAACCUGAGAUUCCUUAUUUAUUAACGGAAAAUCUGAUUUUUUUUUUUUUUUUUUUGUCUUUUUGCUAUAUUGUGUGGGGCUGGGAGAGAGUAGAUUAUUCUGACAUGGGGUCCUUUCCAUAAGAGGUACUAUUGAAGGCAAGAUAGAGGGUUGAAGAAGCACAGCCAGCCUCAAAUCAUAGCUCUCCAGUGGCCUUUAAGCUGGUCCUCAGCACUAAUAAAAUCACUACAGUAGGUUAGUGCUUUUUCGGAAGCCUAAUUUUUAGGGAAUAAUGUUAGGUUUGUCGUAAUUAGUGCUCUGUGAGUUUUUAGAGCAUUGAGACUUAGGAAUUUUGAGGGGAUGAAGAAGGUUGUUCAGGGUCUGAAUUAUAGAUAACAGAUUUUCUCUUGCAGAUUUGAUUUUGUUUUGUCCCCAUCAUUUCCUUACACAUACCUCCCUAUUGGCCCAACGCUGGCCCCUUGCUUUGUCGUCGUCGUUGUUUUUGCUUUGCUUUAUCAUUGUCAUUGGUUCAUUGUAGCACCCGAUGAGUGAAGGACACUGCCAUUAGUGAAGGAAUAGUCUGUGAGUCGUACAGGUUUAAGUCAAAGAAAAUUGCUCUAUUUUGUUUCCUUUUUAAUGUCACUUCAGAAGAGGAAAGGCUUCAAUAGACAAAGCUAAUGGUCUGUAUGGUAAUGGCUUUGGCUUUCACCUGAAAUUCUGGGAAUUACCACUUCCCUUGCAAUAAGGAUUUUCAUCAUGUGGAUUGCUUAUCGCUGUCCACGGGAGAGACAGGUAGUGGUUUUAUACGAGUUUGUAACUCCUAGAAGACUAAAAACCUAUUCUGGCUCAUUUUUAGGGAAUUAUCAGGGCAAUGUCUAGCCUCCUGUGUACCUCAGAAGCAAGAAUUCAAGGCCUGCCCUGUUCAUUGUUUGUCAGAAAUGUGCGAUGCUGUUGGAAAGAAUGAAGUUUUGCUGAGAACAAAAUAAGGAACAGCUUGUUUUUCACAAACACUAAAACUACAAAGUUUAUCAAUUUUCUCUUUUGUUUUUUUCCCAAAAAGAGGGGUAACAAAAUGUCAUCUCUGAAAGAGGCUUACUUGACACCCACUGGUGUCAGCGGUUGGGAUGCCAGGGAAUAGGGAGUGAAACACCUACAGUGCGCAGUCUUGAAUGCACUAUUGUUUCUUUUCAGAAUGUUGCAGACCUGCCAACCCUCCAUUGUGGGGGUAGAAAAUGGAAUAAGGAUAGAAGGGAUAUAGAAUAUGCUUUCCUGCCCACAGUAAGGAUUUGGAGUUGACUUUGGUAUGUUGAGUAGAUUUGGAAAUAUAAGAUUUAUUGGGUGGGCCCACAACAAAGUUGUUCACCUCCCAUGUAAGUCCAUUUUGUUCUGUUUCACUAGCUAGCAUCUAUUCUCCACAUUGUCUUUGUCACAUUUAUUUUAUCCUUAGUGUCCAUAAAUUACAUUUUAGUGGUUAGUCAUCAGAUAUUUUAGCCACCUACAUAAAAGCAAACUGCAUUAAAUUUUUUUAUGAGAUAGAAGGAAAAUGUGUUCUUUCCUAUCUCACACUCCUCUCCCCACCAAAAGCAACUAGUUAGUUCUAAUAGAAACUUUAUGUUCUUUCUCCUUUCUUUUCCUUUUUUUUUUUUUUUUUUUUUUGGGUGGGUGGGGGUCCUCUUCGUAGCUACCAAUUGCCUGCAAUUUGCUUCAACAAAUUAUCAUAGCAGUUUGCAGUACCUUUUGAAAUAUUUUUUAUGGACUUUUAUCUUUUUCCUUUCGAGAAAGGGAUGCUAGCAUAAGAUGGAGUUGAUAAUAAACCGACUUAUACUGGGCCCUCUUCCCUUAUUUCUUUACGCUCCUCGUGCUGUUUACUUCAUUGUCCUUCCGAGAAGCUCUUUUAAUCUUAAAAUUCUAAAUUUCCGAUUCUUAAUCACAUUCUGUAACCUUUUCUCCCCACCGCAUGUUCCCCAUCUCGAAUUGGCAAUUCUAGAUUCUGAAAAUGUAGUUGAGAUAUAAGCAUUAUUUCUAUGCUUCCCCCUUGUUUGUGUUUGCCCAGGGUUAUUUUGCAUAAUUGAGACUUAAUGUGCUUCAGAGAGUUUAGAUUUAACACUGGCCAGGAUUACUGGGAGUAAAAAAAUAUAUAUAUUAAGGUAUGGAAAAGCAUCCACAUAGAGCACUUGAACCUCCUUUGUACCUGUUUGGAGAAAAAAUAUAAAGAGUGUAUUAAACCUAGAGGAUGUUACAGUCUGGUUGUUUGGAAAACCAUUUUUCCUUCCUGUCUUUUCCCCCACUUUCCAAUGUACUCAAGAAAAUUGAAAAAUUGUAAUGGAUCAAUUUAAAAUAUUUUAUUUCCUAAAAGCCUUUUUGCCUAUUGUAAUGUGCAGGACCCUUCUCCUAUGAUGGGAGAGACAGGUAGUUACCUGAAUCUAGGUUGAAAAGGUUAUGUAAAAAGAAAUUAUAAUAAAAGGGAUACUCUGCUUUUCAAAUCCUUGUUUUCUCUUAAUCUAGAUAAGGCAUAUCCAAAAUAAAUAUGUAAAGAAGAAAAAUAAAAUUGUCUUUAUGGAA